UAUGCAUGUUACCACUGAUUCGAUGAAACAGAAGUUGUGAUAUUUACAAUUCAAAGCUAAAAUGGAGUUAUCACAAGUAAUUCCUACACUUACCGCAGCUGUUGAGACAAUAAUGAAUCCUGCUGCGAGUGCUGUUGAUAGAAUGACAGCACACAAGAUCUGCGAGGAGUUCAAGGAGACAUCCCCUUUAUGCAUUGAAUGCGGACUAGCACUUUCCCAGAGACAAAACUCUUCAAUUGUCAGGCAUUUUGGACUUCAACUGCUAGAACAUGCCAUCAAAUUUAGAUGGCAGGUAUUAUCUCUGAGUGAGAAGGAAGUGCUGAAGAGAAGUGCACUGGAUUUCAUUGCAAAGGGAACAGCUAACAUCUUGGAGGAAGAAUAUCACAUUAAGGAUGGUGUAUCUCGGAUCACAGUUGAACUCAUCAAACGAGAGUGGCCACAAAACUGGCCGUUACUCCUCAAAGACCUGUAUGACCUGUGUUUGAUGGGGCCGACCCAGACAGAACUGGUCCUGAAGACCUAUCUACGAUUGGCAGAGGAUGUGGUGGUGUUUCAGACCAUCCCUGCAGUACGACGACGAAGUGUGAUGCAGUGCUUGACAGCAAAUAUGGGGGACCUGUUUCAAUUGUUCAUCACCCUCUUGCAACAACAUACAGUAAAGGUAAAUGAGGACACUCCUGAUGCACGAGUGGUCAGUCAAUCCAACUGUAGAGUCAGUCAAGCUCUACUGACCACCCUUGCCGGCUACCUUGACUGGAUCAACAUGGACCAUAUAUUUUCUCAGAAUGCCUUGCUGCUACAGAUUCUUUGUUUGUUACUAAGUGACAGCAAUCUCCAACUUUACGCAGCAGAGUGUUUGCUGAUUAUUGUCAGUAGAAAGGGCAAGGUUGAAGAUAGAAAACCCCUCCUGGUACUGUUUAGUGAGGAUGCGAUGUCAAUCAUCUGGACAACCACUCUAGCUGCAGAGCAAGCCUCUCACAAUGAUUACUUUUAUUUGUUCCUGAAGAGACUAUGUCAAGUUUUAACAGAACUGGGUAAACAAUUGUGUGCUAUGUGGGGUCACUUACCUGAUGUAAAACAACCAGCCACCUUUGAGAAAUAUCUAGAGGCUCUUCUAGUGCUAACAAAAUUCCCCAGUCAGAUGAUCAGCUGUUUCACCCAGUCCCUUUGGUCAAGUUUUCUACGUCAUGAGAUAAUAAGUGUUGACCCAAUAGUCCAAUCCUUCAUACCUAGACUGUUUGAAAGUGCAACAGACACAUUACAAAAGGUUGGCUUCCCGACCCAGAACAAUUCACCAAGUUGUAAGUACUCUAGAUUGGACCAUGAUAGCGACGAAGAGUUCACCACAUUCUUCUCCAAGUACAGAGCAGAAGUAGCUGAUACCCUCAAGCUUGCUACUGUUCUUCAACCAGAAACAGCAUUCCAGUUUGCUGGGAUGUGGUUACAGAGUAUUCUACAGAAGCCUGUUGAUACUGGAGAAGGGUCAGAGAAUGGCUACUGUCGGCUUUCCUCGCCAUCUUUUAUCGCUUGGGAUGCCAUGACAGUAUGUCUGGAGAGUGUGAUGUCACGGGUGUUGUCUGUCAAAACUACCCCAAACCAACAGGAAGGCAUCUGUCUCCUUGGCAACGUUUUAGAAUUCAAAACAGAGGACCCUCUCAUUUUGUCAUCACUCUUGUCCUGUAUAUCAGCUUUGUUUCCAUUCGUGAAUGGAGCUCCAGAAAAAUUACCAAUGGUUCUUGAAAAGAUAUUUUCUGCUGUUACUUUCAACUUGCCAGGCCAGACCAAAUCAACACGAAGUAAAGCUGUUAAGAAUGUCCGUCAGCAUGCCUGUUCAAUCUUAGUGAAGAUUUGUAAAGUCUACACAGAUCUCCUCAUUCCUGUGUUUGACAAGCUAUACAGCCAUAUACAAGUGAUCAGUAGGGACACUGAACAACUCUCACAGAUGGAGAAAUGUAUUCUCAUAGAGGCACUCAUACUAAUCAGUAAUAAAUUUCAUAAUUUCAACAAGCAGUCAUCAUUUAUAGAGGAAGUCCUGAAACCUGUCAAAGAUUUAUGGUUGUCUGAAGAGUUUAAACAAGCUUUUUGGUCACCAGAGAAGUUUAUGUCCUACAUUGGAUUGGAUCAGGCUCCAGUAGAACCAUCUUCAGCAGACACCUGUGGCAUUAAUAGAUCACAUAUGGCGUACUGUGUCAACACUAUCCUGGCUGUACUGAAGAGAAGUAGGUGGCCAGAAGACACACAGGUAGCCAGUAAAAGUGGGUUUGCGAUAGGGGUCAUGGAGGAUGGGACAACAGCUCUAAGGAACCCUGCCACCACACACAUCAGUGUACUGCUGGAGAAUCUAUUAACUCUCACCAAAACUAUGAAUUCUACAUGGCAACCUGAAUAUCUAAAGUUACGGCAUCCAGAUUUUGUCAAGUCUUACGAUUUGUCAGAGACAGAUAGAUUAAGUGUACUAGGUAUUCCCCCACCAUGUGUGGACAACACCAAUAACUCCACCUUUCGACAGCCCCUAGAGAGGAUGCAGCUAUUUCUCUGCUCCACACAUGACACAUGCUGUCACAUCUUAGGAAAUGCUGGUCCGUGUCUAGGACAGGAGUUCUACACUAUCCCCAAUCUCACCCAGUCUCUGCUCAGUACCAUCUUCACCAACCUGGACGUCCUUCCUGAAUACAGAAUCAAACCCAUUUUACGUAUGUUCAUGAAACCCUUUGUACAAAACUGUCCGAAGUCUUGCUAUGAGAUGGCUGUCAUACCUCUGCUGGCAUUUCUGUGUCCAUAUAUGUAUCAAAGAUUGAGUACCAAGUGGGCAGUUAUAAACCAGAGAAACAGUCACCACACAGAGGAUGGUAAGGCAGAGAUAGAAGAUGACAAUCCAGAGUCCCAAGAGAUCCUGGAUGACCAGUUGACCCGUCAAAUGACCAGAGAAUAUGUUGACCUGCUGGUUACAAUCUGUCGGUACCGCCCAUCAAACUCUGCAGAGGGUGCUACAGAGGACCAGAUGAUGGAUGAGGAAGGUACGCUAACGGAGAAUUCAUCUAACCAACAACAGCAGAACAAGGAAGCCUGUCUCAGUGAACUGGGCAUUCUGUGUAUGAAAAAUGAAGAAGUGUACCCAUCUAUUGUAAUGUAUGUGUUCAACUCCCUAGCCUGGAAAGAUUCCACCAUGAUACUGAGAGCAACUAAUGUGUGUUGGUUUGCCAUAUCACAGUUACUGGCAGACCACAAAUUGGUACCAGAGGCUGUCAAUGUGUUUUUCUAUGCUGUGCUGUUUGGUCUCCAAGUUCAUGGUCAGCAUGAGGCAGCUCAGAAUGAUUUACUGCUGUUAGGAGUACAGAUGUAUGAACUUCUGAGACCACACUUCCCCAAUUUAGCCAGUGUGCUACAACAGAUUCCCAACUGUUCAGCGGAGGCUGUCAGGGCUUUUGAUGAAAAAAUUUUACAGCCAAGUCCACAAAAACAAUUAUCAGAUAAGAAGAAGAAAGAUAUCUUUAAAAAGCUGGUAGCUGAUGUCAUUGGGAAAAGUGUGAGUCAGCAAUUCAAGAGAGAUGCGCAGUAUAAAAAUCUACCCCCUAUAUUUACAAUCAGAUCAAAACAACCUUCUUUGGAUGAAGUUGAACCAAAGGACAUGGGUUUAUGUGACCUAUUUAAACCAACAAAUGGGAGUUCUAAAGAUUCCUGAUCAUUGUCAAGAUAUUAGCCUCAAGGCUAGAUGGGAUUCAGUAUGGAGUUGGAGAAGUGAUAGAAGAUGAGAUAUUUGUACCAGAAUGCUCAAUAUCCAUUGUGAAAAUAAUUGUGUAAUAAUAAAGAUUGUGUACAAAGCCAUCAUUUUGGUGAAUCCAUUGACUAGAAAUGAAUGUACAUCCGUUGAACAGAAUGGUACAUACAUCCAUUGAACAGGAUGGUACAUACAUCCAAGGAUUGGGAUGGUACAUACAUCCAUUGAACAGGAUGGUACAUCAUUCACACUGAUGGUGAAUCCAUCUGUUGGGUUGAUCCAUCCAUUGACUGGGUUCUGUGCAUUACGAUUCUUCAGGUAAAUUGCAUAUGAAAUGUUGCCACUUAUACACUUACAUUUAUACUUUACAGAAAUGUUAAAAUCUGAGAAAAUAAAAAUUAUGAACAGAAAUCUUGUUUGGUAUUGAUAUUGUGGUACAGAGACAGUGUUUCCUGGACUAUAGGCCUUUCUAGCUAACACCUGGUAGGUUGUGACAAGUGGCAAAUAGGACUGUUACUGCAAAACAAGAAGCACUUGUUUCUUGUCAGUACUGGAAAUAAUGAGCACAUGCUCUGGUUACUAUUGUACAGAUAUCCUACCUCUGUGUGACUGGAUUUUAUCAUAUAGAUGUCCCUUUCCUGUGUGACUUGAUCACUCCUAUCAUAUAGAUGUCUCUUUCCUGUGUGACUGGAUCACUCCUAUCAUAUAGAUAUCUCUUUCCUGUGUGACUGGAUCACUCCUAUCAUAUAGAUAUCCCUUUCCUGUGUGACUGGAACACUCCUAUCAUAUAGAUGUCCCUUUCCUGUGUGACUUGAUCACUCCUCUCAUUUAGAUGUCUCUUUCCUGUGUGACUGGAUCACUCCUAUCAUAUAGAUAUCCCUUUCCUGUGUGACUGGAUCACUCCUAUCAUAUAGAUAUCCCUAUCCUGUGUGACUGGAUCACUCCUAUCAUAUAGAUGUCCCUUUCCUGUGUG